AUGGAGAAAUACCGAACCCUAGUUCCUGUGGCCGCCCGAGACGAUGUCACCUACCUGAAUGCAUCCUUCCAACCUCCCAUGAACCUGAGAGUGCGUGCAGCGUUGGACACAUUUCUGGACCAGGCUGUACACGAAACCCAUCCUAAGCCCGGCUGGCAGGGAACUGCGCAGCAGGCACAGGCAGGUCUGGCUGCCUACCUGAAAGUGCCCACGGAAUCGGUUGUUUUCACUCGCGAUACAACCGAAGGCCUGAACCUUUUUCAGCGAUCUAUCCCGUUCCAACAAGGCGACAACGUGGUGGUCUUGGAUUCCGAACAUCCAAAUCACGCGUAUGGAUGGCUUGGACUAAUUGAUAAAGGCCUGGAAGUUCGUCGCGUCGAAACCAACGGGGAUACCUUUGCCAAUGCAGAAACGUAUGCCCCGUUGGUGGAUAGCCAGACCAUUGCUAUAGGCCUGUCGUCUAUUAUGUUCCACUCGGGGCAGAUGAACGACAUCAAGGAUAUAUGCGAACGCUUCAGGCCCCAGGGAAUCCAUGUGUUGGUUGAUAUUACUCAACAUGUUGGGGUCGCACCGAUUGACCUGACCAGCUGGGGAGUAUCGGUUGCUGCAUUUGGCCUGCAUAAAGGAAUGGGCUGUCUCGGUGGCCUUGGUGGACUCUAUAUUCAUCCUGAUGUCUUGCCCUCGUUGAAAGGCACGCCACCCAUUGUUGGAGCCGGGAGUAUUGCCAAUUUGCCAGCCUCCCUGGUUGCAAAUCCAGAUGUGCAGUACCAUCCCAGCACACAGAGAUAUGGGCAUUUGAAUAUUUCAUUUAUCUCUGCUAUUUCUCUCAAUGCGUCAUUGAAGUUUCUCGCGAAGGAGAUAGGUAUGCAACGGAUUGAGAGUCAUCUUCGCAGUCUGGGUCGAGAAAUGGCUAUUCAACUGAAGCCUUUGGGUGUGGAAAUUGUGGGAAGUGAACGAGCUGAUCGACGAGCGCCACAUCUCUAUAUCCUAAAGCUCCUUCACCCGGACUGGGUCGACCAUUUUCAAAAAGAAAACAUCAUCGUGUCACACUACCGCUGCGGUGUCCGUGUCUCCUUUGGAUUUUAUAACAAUCUUUCUGAUGUUCGCAGUUUAGUAGCAUCUAUUGAACGCGGGUUGAAGAAUGGUGUUCCUCGGAAUUAA